UGUGUGGACAGACUGUAGUUGAACGUGAACGUGAGCACCAUGGAAACGAAACGCUUGGCCAACGCUUGGGUGGCGAUUCUGCUCAGCUUCCUGGCAGUUGGGUUGAUCAGCACACAUCAAGACGUUGAUACGUCCGAGUUAUGCCUCGGGAAGUACUACUUCGGCAACACAUUUAAGAUCAACUGGUAUAAGGCGAUGAAUUACUGUAGAUCCCGCGGCAUGUUUCUGGUGUCGAUCAACAAUCAUGCACAGCUGAACGAUGUGAUCAGGUGCAUCCAGAAGAGCGGACACCUGAACCUGAACAACGACCUGGACAUGUGGACGUCCGGUAACGAUCUCGGGGAGGAAGGGCAGUUCUUCUUCUCUUCGACCGGCGAACGGGUGACGUUCAAUCGGUGGGACAAAGGUGAACCGAACAAUGCGAGGCACGGAAUGUGCUUAUACGAGAAUUGUGUCACGCUGCACUUCAAAUUGCAUUCCGUCAAAUACACUUUGGGCGAUAGGCCUUGCGGGAAGGAAAAAUUCUUCAUGUGUGAAAUGUUGUAGG